GGCCGCGCCCCGGGCACGCUCGGCGGCGCCCAACGAUGACCGCUCCCUGGCGGCGCCCCCGGAGUCUGGUUUGGGAAUACUGGGCCGGGCUCCUCGUGUGCGCCUUCUGGAUCCCGGACUCGCGCGGGAUGCCCCACGUCAUCCGGAUCGGAGGAAUCUUUGAGUAUGCGGACGGCCCCAACGCCCAGGUCAUGAAUGCUGAGGAGCAUGCCUUUCGAUUUUCUGCCAACAUCAUCAACAGGAACAGGACUCUGCUGCCCAACACAACCUUGACCUAUGACAUCCAGAGGAUUCACUUUCAUGACAGCUUCGAGGCCACCAAGAAGGCCUGUGACCAGCUGGCGCUGGGCGUGGUGGCGAUCUUCGGACCAUCACAGGGCUCUUGCACCAACGCCGUCCAGUCCAUCUGCAAUGCCCUGGAGGUGCCCCACAUCCAGCUGCGCUGGAAACACCACCCGCUGGACAACAAGGACACCUUCUACGUGAACCUCUACCCUGACUACGCCUCCCUCAGCCACGCCAUCCUCGACUUGGUCCAGUACCUCAAGUGGCGGUCUGCCACCGUGGUCUAUGACGACAGUACAGGGCUCAUCCGACUGCAGGAGCUCAUCAUGGCCCCGUCGAGGUACAACAUCCGCCUGAAGAUUCGCCAGCUCCCCCUUGACUCCGACGACUCGCGUCCCCUGCUCAAGGAGAUGAAGCGGGGCCGGGAGUUCCGCAUCAUCUUCGACUGCAGCCACACCAUGGCCGCCCAGAUCCUCAAGCAGGCCAUGGCCAUGGGCAUGAUGACCGAGUAUUACCACUUCAUCUUCACUACUCUGGAUCUGUAUGCAUUAGACCUGGAGCCCUACCGCUACUCUGGGGUGAACCUCACGGGGUUCCGGAUCCUCAACGUAGACAACCCGCAUGUCUCGGCCAUCGUGGAGAAGUGGUCCAUGGAGCGGCUGCAGGCGGCUCCCCGGGCAGAGUCCGGCCUGUUGGAUGGAGUGAUGAUGACCGACGCGGCCUUACUGUACGACGCCGUCCACAUCGUGUCUGUGUGCUACCAGCGGGCACCCCAGAUGACCGUGAACUCCCUGCAGUGCCAUCGGCACAAGGCCUGGCGCUUUGGCGGCCGCUUCAUGAACUUCAUCAAGGAGGCUCAGUGGGAAGGAUUAACUGGACGGAUCGUCUUCAACAAAACCAGUGGCUUACGGACGGAUUUUGAUCUGGACAUCAUCAGCCUGAAGGAGGACGGCCUGGAGAAGGUCGGCGUGUGGAGUCCCGCGGAGGGGCUCAACAUCACGGAGGUCGCCAAAGGCCGAGGCCCUAAUGUCACUGACUCUCUGACAAACCGGUCCCUCAUCGUCACCACCGUGCUGGAGGAGCCCUUUGUCAUGUUCCGGAAGUCCGACAGGACGCUGUUUGGGAAUGACCGCUUUGAGGGUUACUGCAUCGACCUGCUGAAGGAGCUGGCCCACAUCCUGGGCUUCUCCUACGAGAUCCGGCUGGUGGAGGACGGCAAGUACGGGGCGCAGGACGACAAGGGCCAGUGGAACGGCAUGAUCAAGGAGCUCAUUGACCAUAAGGCAGAUCUGGCCGUGGCCCCCCUGACCAUCACCCACGUCCGUGAGAAGGCCAUCGACUUCUCCAAGCCCUUCAUGACGCUCGGUGUGAGCAUCCUGUAUCGAAAGCCCAACGGCACCAACCCCAGUGUCUUCUCCUUCCUCAACCCCCUGUCCCCAGACAUCUGGAUGUAUGUGCUGCUCGCCUACCUGGGGGUCAGCUGUGUCCUCUUUGUCAUUGCCAGGUUCAGCCCUUACGAGUGGUACGAUGCUCAUCCCUGCAAUCCUGGCUCCGAGGUCGUAGAAAACAACUUCACUCUGCUGAACAGCUUCUGGUUCGGAAUGGGGUCCUUGAUGCAGCAAGGGUCAGAGCUGAUGCCCAAAGCCCUGUCCACGCGCAUCAUCGGUGGCAUCUGGUGGUUCUUCACGCUCAUCAUCAUCUCCUCCUACACGGCCAACCUGGCUGCUUUUCUGACAGUGGAACGCAUGGAGUCGCCCAUCGACUCUGCUGAUGACCUGGCCAAGCAAACCAAAAUUGAGUAUGGGGCCGUCAAGGAUGGGGCCACCAUGACUUUCUUCAAGAAAUCCAAGAUCUCCACUUUUGAGAAGAUGUGGGCCUUCAUGAGCAGCAAGCCCUCGGCGCUGGUAAAGAACAACGAGGAGGGCAUCCAGAGGACCCUGACGGCAGACUAUGCCCUGCUCAUGGAGUCCACAACCAUCGAGUACGUCACCCAGAGGAACUGCAACCUCACCCAGAUCGGGGGCCUCAUCGACUCCAAGGGCUACGGCAUUGGCACACCCAUGGGCUCCCCGUACCGGGACAAGAUCACCAUCGCCAUCCUGCAGCUGCAGGAGGAGGACAAGCUGCACAUCAUGAAGGAGAAGUGGUGGAGGGGCAGCGGGUGCCCCGAGGAGGAGAACAAAGAGGCCAGCGCCCUGGGGAUCCAGAAGAUCGGGGGCAUCUUCAUCGUGCUGGCCGCCGGGCUCGUCCUGUCUGUGCUGGUGGCUGUGGGCGAGUUCGUGUACAAGCUCCGCAAAACGGCAGAGCGAGAGCAGCGUUCCUUCUGCAGCACCGUAGCCGAUGAGAUCCGUUUCUCCCUUACCUGCCAGCGUCGGGUCAAGCACAAGCCACAGCCUCCCAUGAUGGUCAAGACUGAUGCUGUCAUCAACAUGCACACGUUCAACGACCGCCGGCUUCCGGGCAAGGACAGCAUGGCCUGCAGCACAUCGUUGGCCCCCGUAUUCCCCUAGGCCCAGGUGGGGUGGGGACCAAAGGCCUUGGGGCAGGGCAGAGGAAAGCAAGGAGACUGGAAGGCCCCUCCCCUGUGCCCAUGCUGGGUUUGGGGGUCAGAGCUGCUGCCUGCCUGCUGGGCCAGGAGCCCUCUGCCCUUACCUACUGGGAAACCAGCAGGCCCCAGGCCAGCUACUUGGGCCUCACUCGCCUCUCGUUUCUUCUGUGGGUUUCGAAACCUGCCAGCCGAGACAGCCAAGGCCAAAGGAAGCACAUAUGCCUCUCUCAGGCCAAACUCACCUGCCCCUCGACUCUCCUCCACAGUCAGAAGUUUCUACCCCGGCCCUGCAGAGGCCAAAGAAAAUGGGAAUCAGCUUGUAUGUUGCCACUCCUUCCCUGUGAGCCCGGGCCUCCUGGGCCAUGACCGUGAGCCCAGAGACACAAACCUUGGGUACCUUAAGGAUUGUAGUGUGGCUGCCAAUGGGAGCUGAAGAAGGGGGAUGGCCACCCCACAUGUCUUGAGCAGAAGAAGACUUCAUCCCUUAGGGGCUGCUCACGUAGUCCUGGUCUCUUGGACCUGGCACCAUGUAUGGCAGCCCCCAUCUUGGCAAAGUUGAAGGCACAGAGCUCCAUAGAGGAAAAGAGGAGUUUGGGGUAUGGGAGAGAGGAGAAUGCACAAAGGUGCCAUUUUGAAUUCUUAUGGACAGUGUCCCAAUGGCUCCCAUCCCUCAAGGAGGUCUCCAGGAGUAUAAAGUGGGGGAGUGAGUGGUCAGAGCAAAUUUUCUACUUUCUGGCCAGAGGAUAGAGGACCCCCUGAAUCUCCCACAAAGGCUGACCAGAGAUUCAGCCCAUAUUUGAAGACAGAAGAACAGUGGAUUCCAUGGAAAUCCCAGAGGCCCACGAGCCAUUGGGAUGGCUUAUUUUUUUGCUGGUUACUGAGCUGUUUUCUAAACCCUAGUGGCAUUUGAGAGCUUGAGUUCUUUGCCAGCUACUCCUCAGCAACUCCCCACUCCUGGCCAGUUGACCUUGACUUCCCCUGUCAUCUUGGAAGGAGAAGAGAAACCUAGAUUGAAGUAAAAGUCAUCACCCCUCUUCCAAAGAGGGAUUCAGGUCUACUUUGGGGUAGAUGGGGAAAGCCAGAGGAGCCCUAAAGAAUUCUUGGCCUCCUGGACUUGCCAAACCUAGAGAUGCUCUCCAGAAAGGAAGGUUUUCAGGGACAGGACAUCGGAGCUCAUAGAGGCCCCAAGGAUAGGGAAAGAAAAGCUGCCUCCUGGAGAAUUAACCAAAGACCCCACAUAGAGAUACAGGCCAUCUAGGCCCCAAUCUCUUGUCCAGAGCAGCUUGGACCUUGUGGGGUUUGGGGGUACAGCAAAGAAAUAGUAGCAGAUGAGGUACCAGUUAGGGCCAGACCAGAUGACCUGUGGGUUCCAGCUAGGUAGGAUGGAUGCUCUACAAGUUUGUGACUUUAAGAUUCUAGAAAAGGAAUGAGACAUGGAAGGGUUAGGAGCAAAGUGUCCUUAGAGAAUACGACGAGGCCGGCAGGGCUUCCCAUGCCAAGGGCCGAGGGCGGUCUCUGAGCGGGGGAGAGAAGCCUGGAGAUUCUGGACGGGGACCCAGAAGACACUCGUUUUUACCCCGUCACCUCUCUCCUGCUUCUGCUUAGGGAGUCUGGUUAGGGAAGAGCUACAUUUAGAUCUCAAGGACCUUCUCAAUUGGGGUGAAGGAUCAUCUCUGGCUCCCCCCCAGGGACUCCCAGAGCAGGAGAGCGCAGUGGGCUCAUGUGAUAAAUACUGUUCCUCCUCCAAACUGUAGGCUGCAGGACCAAGCCAGCUGGUUCCCAUAAUCCCAGCAGUUCCAACAGGCUGUGUGCUUGGAGGUAGGAGAAGAGAGCUGGACGUGCAGCAUCGCCAACACAUGUAAUGACAGGAAAAGCCAUGCUGUGUGUAGGAGUGCGUGUGUGUCUGUGUGUGUGUGUGCAUUUGUGUGUAUCUUUGUGUGUGUGUGAGAGCUGUAGGGACCGGGGGUGAAGGACCGAUUUGGUCAUCAGACAAGAGUCCAGGGCACGCAAUAAUAGAAUCCGUUGGGUUCCGACGUGUGUGUGCACACAUGUGUGUGAAUUUGGGAUGAGAGAGACAAGUCUGGACAAGCAGCAGAGCCCCAUACAUGUAAAAACAGGAGAAGCCAUGUCUUAAUGGGGUUCUGGGGGUAUACAUACGUACACAUGCAUGCACGAGUGGGUGUGCUUACGUGCAUGCAUGCGUGCGUGUGUGUGUGUGUGCACACAUGCGUGCACAUUUAUGCACCAAUGGCAGAGAGUGGAGGACAGGAUAAAACCCGCAGCAUUGCCAAAUGUUUAAAAGGAAAAGCCAUGUCAUCAAGGGGUCCACGUGUGAGCGAGUGUGCACAUGUGCGCGUGGGCUUGCAUUUGCAGUGGAGAGCGAGGCGGAGGACAGGACCAGACAGACGAGCCGCACAGGUCGAUGCACGAAGCCACGUGGAACCAUAGUGUCUCGGAGCAGGGGGUGGGGGGAGGCUUGCUCACACGUGUGUUCAAACUCACGCAUGUGUUCCGGCUCAGAGCAGGAGCAGAGAUGGACCAUCAGGAAGGCGGGGGAUCGGGGUGUGUUUGCACUUCUGCUGUAGGGAGAGAUCGUUUGUCACAAGGAUUUGUCGAGAUCAUGUGCUUCUGCCUAUGGUGCUCCGUGAGCGUGUCUGAUGGGAGAGGAGAGCAGUGGCCUAUGGGUUGGGAAGGUGUCUCGUCUGGACAAGGGUAGAUGGCAGAGGCACAGUUCAAUGAGAGGAGUCCUUUAGUCCUUUAGUCCUUUAGACUUCCGAAUGCAGGUGGGGUGACGCUGCCCGACCUCCCCUCCCGCCCAAGCCUUAUGUCCGUCUGUGUGGCCCAUGUGCAGACCCCGGCUGGUGCCCUGUUUGCUUCGAGACCAGCCCGGCGUUGAGAGUGCAGUGGAGACGACUUCUGCCUGAGUGUGAGCGUCUUCCCGGGUAUGGACAGGGCCAGGUGGCACUACGACACUGGCAGGGGAGGGAGGAGGGAGGAGGAGGUGCUCCCACGGAGGCCAACCAGGAGGAGUUAAAGGCUUGGUCAGGCGUGCCAGCAGGAGGCUGUGCCCACACCCAGCAGCACCGAGGGGGGUCGUGGAAGUGUCAGCGUUGGUUUCGAUGGAACAAAAGAUGGGACCUCCCCGGGCGGGUGCUGGACUGUCCUUGUCUGGCCCUCCCUUAACAAAAGAUCGCCCCCAUCUCCCACCCCCAUCUCCCACCGGCUCAGACUGGCCAGAUUGGGGGGCAGCAGUGAGGAGACCCCCCCAUCCCCAUCCCCCGCCAGUCACCAAGGCCCUGGGGCUUUUGGACGGUGAACCCUCCUCCUCCUCCUCCUCUCUCUCCCCUUGACCUGCUACCGGUCUCUCUGCUGUGGACACAUAAGAAAACCCUGACAGCGUUGUCACCAUUCAGGUGGCCCCUCUGCAAGUGUCUCUCAAGAGGAAUAAUGCCCUCGUGAGGGCAGAUGAGCUGACUCUGGAUCCCUGAAAGCUCAGAGGGCCUCCCCCCACCUCACAGCCAAGACUGCCUCCACAAGAAGAGCACACCUGGCUCCUCCCUCGUGCAUGUGUCAGGCAGCAGUGAUAGCCCAGGUGGGGGGAAGGCCCUGGCAGGGUUGGCAGAAGGUUCCACCUGGUGAGAAGUCACCCCCUCCUCAUGCUGGAGGAGAGCAGAGGUGGGGCCGGGCUCACGCUCGCUGAGAGAAGAGGCCCCCUCCCUGCCUUCUCUGCCAGGGGUGCGGUGUGGAGGUCUGCGAGCUGCUGCUUCAUCCCCCAGCAUGAAGCUGGGCCCUUCCCAAGCCAUUCUCAGUGAUAUGCACAAACAUCUGGAAGUUGGCCAAACCCUGGCCGCGUGUCUGGACUGGCCCUGUGUGCACAGCCCCCUGGAAGGGCCCGGUGAUCUCGCCACAAACAGCUGGAUGGACUUCACAUCUGGGACGGGCCCCGGGCCCGCAGACAGACGCAAGAACUGAGCCCAAUUCUGUCGACAGGUCUUGAACGGAUGGACACAUCUGGAACAGUCUCCCGGGCGGGACAGACGCAUCUGGAACGGGCCCAGCUGCCUGCCGCGGUGAGAGGGCCCUGCUCCUUGUCCCCGUGCCAGUUUGAAUCAAGCUCUCAUUUUUCAGUCCUGGAUUUGCCCUGGAGUUAAAAUUUCAGAGCUGAGGCCAUAUGUGACGUCACAAAACUGUUUUUGGUAGAAGGUUAAUGUUCUGUACAAUAUAUAUAUGAAUGUAAAAAGAUAUAUAUAUAUAUGCUGUAUAUAUAUAUAUAUAUGCACAGUGUAUAUAUGCCCCGUAGCCCAUGUGUAUACGCACCCCUCCCCGCACGUCUGCACACAGAGUGUACAUAACCCAGCCAGUAUGGGUGGGGACCAGGUGAGGGACGGGGCGACAGCAGGCAGGUCUGGGAGGGAGGCCACCCGGGGCAGGAGCCGCAGAGAGCCCCGUGGGAUGGGGAAGGCCCUGCGUACGUCCCAGCUGCAGACCGCGAAGAAGAGGACUGGACCACAGGGGCUGGCGGAUGGGCCUGGCCCAGCAGGUGCCCCCUGGCCAGAGGCGGGAGAGACCCAGGGGCCUGGUCUCCAUCUGAGAGCAUCUGAGGCAGGACAGCAAGCAGGGCCUGUGUCUGGGGAAAUGUCACACCAGCACUUGGCUCCUGCGACCUGUUCUCGUCACAGUGGCCAGGUGGGUGUCAGGCUCCACCUAGAACAUCCCGAGAGGCUGGAGCAUUCUAGGUGGCACAGGCCUCCGCCUCAGGUUCUCACCCACACACAGCGUCACGGUUCACAGCUAGGGAAAAUGCUUUUUAAAGAGAAUGGCCCCGAAGGCAUUGUCUGCAUGCCAGUGCAGUGUCCCUCUGCCCUACUUACUGGCCCUGUCCCCAUCCCCUGCCUUCUAGGAUGGAAGACCUCAGAUCACCCUGCAGUGUGUCUCUAUCUUGCAGACCCAAUCUCUGGGGCCUCCAGAAACAGGGCAGCAGCUGUAGUGAUGGCAGUAAUGCCAGCAGGUUUGUCCCACUGCAGACAACCUCCCCAGGCCCAUUUGACCCAGAGGCCGGCUGUGAGCGAGUGACCGGGGAGCCGGACACGUGGAGAGUGCAGUGACACCAGGUGAAGAGGAGAAAGCAGCACGGCCCUCCUGCCCUAGCACAGCCCAAGCCAUCCGCCUGCCUCCUCUUCCCCCGGCUGGGCAGCUGGCAGGGAGCACCCCCACCGUCCCCGCCGACCUGUGGCCCUGCCCUGCCCGGCUCCCCCUAUGCUUCACCAUCCCAGUCCUUUAGCUUGUGGCCCUGCCCCCGUCACCGGUCAGGGCACCUCUGGAAUCUGCAGGAGAGAAGGUACUGGAGUGGGCUUCCGUGUGGUCAGCAGCCGGCCUUCUGCUUCGGCCGUGGGCGUCAGGCUGGUGUGCACUUAAUCUGCCUCUGGGGCCCCCCCACCCGCCAGAGCACAUCUGAAUCCAGCCCCCUGAGGAGGGGCCUGUCCUGGCUCCAGGGGCCCUCAUGCCACUGUGCUCCAAACCCCCACCCCAUGUCUGCCUGGGCCUCCCUUGUCGGGGACUUGGGUUCCCAGCCCCAGGGCUGAGCCCCCAGACAGCGCCAUGCGAGACCCCUGGCCUGUCCCACCACCCAGACCAGAGUGCCUGGAUGCCCCCCACUCCCACUCAACAUGGUUCCCACACACUGGUCUCUGGGCCAUUCAGGGGAUGCCCUUUGUGGACAUGCAGAAUUUCUAUGAAUAUAGUUUUUUGUAAACAUUUUGUAACAAUUUGGGUUUCAUAGUAACUGUGUUACUUGCCAAUCAUUCUAGGCUGAUGUAAAUAACUUUCCAAACAAAUCUGAUUAUUUUCCUUUUUAAGACACUGUGAUAUAUCAAAGUGCACAGUUUGCUGUAUGAAGUAAUAUGGUUUUAAAUUUUAAAUAAAGAAAUGUUUCUAGAAAA